AUUUAUAGAUAAUGUUUAGAUGCACUUAUAAAAUAAAUCUAAUGUUGCAAAGGAAAUCCUCCCAUCAAUAACAACUUUAGUUAGCUUGAAUUAAGCGAAUCUUAAGCUUUCCUUAUAGAUAUUUUAUGAUUAUAAAAUAAACAGUGAUAAAAUGGCUUAUUCUUGGGAUAAUCGAGUUGAUUUCGUUGUGCGAUAUAUGUAUGAUAUUGACAACAACGGAUUUUUGGAUCAGAAUGAUUUUCUAUGUAUGGCAGUUAGAGCGUGUGUAGUGGAAGGAAAAGGAGAUUGCAGUGCCGCCCGUUUGGAUGACUAUAAAAAAUUAAUGAAGAAUUUAUGGGAAGAGAUAUCUGCGAUUGCUGAUGAUGAUAAGGAUGGAAAAAUUUCAAAUCAGGAAUUCAAAGAUGCUGUUAAAAAAACCUGUGUGGGAAAAAAAUAUGAAGAAUUUCCACAAGCUAUGCGAGCAUUCAUUGAAUCCAAUUUCAAAUUGCUGGAUAUUGACAAUGAUGGCAUCGUUGGAAUUAAGGAAUACCGAUAUAACUGCAUUACAAGGGUAGCUAUUGAUGAUGUUGCUCCCAUUGAUAAAGCGUUUGAGACUCUAUUAAAUGAUGAUGAUAAAAAACGUGGUGGUCUUUCACUGGAUCGUUACAAAGAGCUCUAUGGCCAAUUUCUUGGAAAUACAGCUGAUAAUCACUCAGCAGUGAAUCUGUUUGGGCCUUUAUAACUAUAUAAAUUAUUAUUGUCUUCGCUGUUGUUCAACUACUAUUUUUUUAAGAUUAUCGUGUAAUUACUAUGACUAUGCUUAGCUAGGUUAAAUGCAUUCAUAUCAUUUGUGUAGAAUCGUCAGAUGAACAGUUCGUUAUCUCUAAAGGUUUUUAUAGUUAGAAUAGAUAUUUGCUCUCCAAUGUUAACUCAGCAUAACUUUUAAGUUUCUCUCAGAUGAAAGCUACUAAAAAUGUUUCUCUCUCAAAAAUUUAUAAUGUUUAAUCAAAUUGUUAUCAUGUUAUGUUUAUUACAAAAAAAUAUGUUUGUGUAAAACCGAAUAAAUUGAGACGAAUUCGUAUAUUCGAGUACAGUCUGAAAAUACA